UGAGUUUAAAGUAAUAAAUUGGAAAGUAAAGUGAAAGUGUCCUAUCCUCAAAAAGGAUCGACAAAAUGUCGAAAACCCUUAGAACUGUUUUUCGUAUAUUCAUUAUAUUUUUAAGCGUGCGUCUAAAAAAUGUGUACUGUGAUCAGCCAAAAUUAAUUUCGCACGAAGGAGAUCUUAUUUUCCAAUCGGCUCAAGAUAAAAAUAUAACCAUCCGUCUGAGUGGAAGUUCAAGUUUUCUAAUCAACGACAUUAAUGUCUUGGAUUCGUUGCAAAAGUUCUCAGAACAAAAACCUCCUCCAGUAGCAAUCAAUUUGGAACAAUUAUCAAGUCAAGUGCAAGUUCUCAAAACAGAUAUUCAAAGGUUUACAUUUCGGUUGAGACGAUAUGAAAAUAGAUCCUCAUUAUUGCCAGUUGACCGUGUAAGGAGGCUUCAAACACGUGUCUUAACACUUAUGACUCGAGUCAAUGGAAUAAUGAGUAAAAUUUUAUCAAGCGAUGGUUGUGAUUUGAAUCCUUGCAAGAAUGGUGGUACUUGCUAUAACUUGUAUGAAGAUUUUAACUGCGUGUGCCCAAAAACGUGGACGGGAAAAACCUGUGAGACAGAUGUUGAUGAGUGCGCAAGUUUUGCAGGAACUGAUUUGGGUUGCCAAAAUAAUGGAGUUUGUAUAAAUUUACCUGGGAGUUAUAGGUGUAACUGUACAAAUGGUUUCCUUGGAGCACAUUGUCGAGACCGCGAAACUGAUUGCUCUAAGUCAUUACCUGGAGAGCUUUGUGGAAAGGGUCAAUGCAUACCGGCCAAUAAUGCUCUAGGCUAUCAAUGUUUAUGUGAUUCUGGAUGGAAAAUAGACAAUCUUACGCAAUCUUGUACUGUUGAUGUCAAUGAAUGUCUAGAAUCAUUGGUUUCAUGUCAUACAAGUUGCAUAAAUUUACCUGGAGCCUUUGCGUGUGGUCCUUGUCCACCUGGAUACACUGGGGACGGAGUCAUUUGCCGGGAUAUCAAUGAAUGUGAGACGAACAACGGAGGCUGUAGCAUGCUUCCAAAGGUCCAGUGCAUCAAUACCGAGGGUUCACAUCGAUGCGGAAACUGUCCACCAGGUUGGACAGGUGAUGGACGUUACUGUAGCCAGACGGAAACUUAUUCAUGUGAGUCAACAAAUUUCUGUCAUCAACUUGCCAGAUGUGAUUAUAUUUCGAAUGUUAUGGUUUGCGUUUGUCCAGAGGGACUGACAGGCUCUGGAUAUGGACGAAAUGGCUGCAGAUUAGGCUCUGCUAACCCAUGCAAUGAACACAACUGUCAGAACGGAGGUACAUGUGUCAAUCAUGGUGGCAUUGCAACUUGCAUAUGUCCAUCAGGUUUCGAGCCACCCACUUGUGAACAAAGAAACCCUUGUUUAACUAAUCCUUGUCAGAAUGGUGGAACCUGUCUCAGACGUUUAAAUUCUAAUGAAACCCGCUGCAAUUGUCCUCAAGGAUUUUCCGGCAAUCGAUGCCAAAUCAAACGCGAAACUUGUGGAAGUGUUUUAAACGACACUUCUGGGGAACUUACACAUCCCUAUGCAUCUGCCGUCUAUGGACCGAACCAGGGUUGUGCUUGGGUCAUUCGAACACGUCCCGAUCUUAUUGUAAAUGUAACUUUUAGCCGUUUUGAUCUUCAGAACGAUUCGACAUGUAGCGGAGAUUGGUUGCAAAUCAACGAUGGAAGAUCCCUUGCAACACCUGUGAUAGGUAGAUUCUGUGGCAAUGACCUUCCUAAAGGCGGCAACAUAGUUUCUUCGCAUAACGUUCUAUUUUUGUGGUUUCACACCGAUGAUUCCAUCAAUGCAACUGGAUUUAGUUUGAGAUGGAAAAGUGAAACACCGAUUUGCGGUGGUCUUCUAAAUGUCAAAGAGCAAGACCAUGGAGUAAUUAAAUCACCAGGUUAUCCUGGAAAAAGUCCACCAAAUCGUGAAUGUCAAUGGGAAAUAGCGGCUCCGCUAGGAAAACGUGUUCUCCUUCGAUUCUUCGAGGUAGUUAUGGACAAUUCGGCAAAUUGCACUCGGGAUGCAUUGCUUAUUUACGAUACAAAUGAACUUCUGGAAAAAAUUUGCCAAACAGGCGUUCCGCCACCAAAAUACUCAUCAACCAACUCAGUAAAAGUACACUUUCAGACAGACCGUUCAAGACAGGACAGCAUGUUCCAAAUACAUUAUGAAGUGGUGGACGGUGCACCCGGUUGCGGAGGGCUCCUUACAGAACCAGCUGGGAAAAUAGUCUUUACGAUGGAUUUACUUUACUGCGUGUUUUUAAUUCAGCAGCCAGUUGGAACCAGGAUUUCUAUAGCUUUCUUCAGGAAAUCUGAAGAAGAAAUUGCUACAUUCAAAAUUUAUGAUGGAAAGAAUGAAGAUGAUCCUGUUCUAACUAUGGCCACAAAUUCUCCUGGAAACUUUACAUCAUCAGGAAAUUCGUUAUUGAUUGUCGUUAAGAUGAGAAUGUUGGACUUUUUAGUUUUUAAUGUCAAGAGCAUUGUAUUCGAGGCUGAUUUUAAACAGGUUUGUGGCCAGGAACUUAGGGACCCAUCAGGUGGAGCAUUUAUGACUCCCAACUAUCCCAAACCUUACCACAAUGUUCUUGACUGCAUGUACUCUUUUGUGGGACCAGUUAAUACCGUAGUUCACUUGAACAUAACCGAUUACGAUGUAUCCGAAUAUGCGCAAGGCUGUAGCGAUGAUUCUGACUACAUUGAGAUCUAUUACGCAUUAAAUGCACCACCAGAACGUCAUUGCAAAGGUGAACCGAUGCAUAUUAUUGCUCCGAGUAACUACCUUAGCAUUGCUUUCCAUUCCAACACAAAUCCUCAGCGACGCAGAGGCCUCUCAGGGGAAUAUUAUUUUGAGAGAAUAGGUUGUGGGGGAGUUCUUCGAGAAACAGAAGGGUCUUUUGAACGUUUAGGAGGCACAAGUCCAACUAACGAAUAUUGUGAGUGGAUAUUAGAAGCACCUGAAUCGAAUGUUAUUUCCUUGGAUCUCACUUAUCAACGAGCUGGAACGAAAUGUGCUCCUGGCGAAGUUGAUCUUAGAAUAUUUCUCAACAGAACUGGUCAUUAUAAUGGACGUUUGGUUGAAAGCCAUUGCGGGGAUGAAAAACGUAUCGUUACAAUUUUGCCAACAAAUUUAGCUACCAUUUUUUUGAAGCAAGUACCGCCAUCUAUUGGAAGAGCAGUGACUUUUGGCAUUUCAGCGAAUUACUCAUAUACUUCCCGUUCAUCAAAUUGUGGAGGCAAUUAUAGUUUACUUUCGGGAUCGAUUCAGUCACCUGGUUGGCCUGAUGAAUAUUAUGAAUCAUCGGACUGUAUUUGGGUGAUAAGCGCCCCGCUAGGUAACAAAAUUGAACUAAUUCCAAGAAACUUUUCCCUCGAAGCCAGUUUCAGAGAUUGUAGUGAUGAUUAUUUGGAAAUAAGAAAUGGAAUGUCAGAGCAGUCUCCAUUGAUCGGAAGGUUUUGCGGCUAUGAUAUACCCCCUCAUAUUCCUUCCUUCACAAACCAUCUUUACCUACAUUUCCAUUCGGAUUCAUCAUUCAACUACCAAGGCUUCGAUAUCACAUUCCAACAAACUUCGACAGGUUGUGGAGGUUCUCUAACAUCUCACACAGGAUCCAUAGCUUCUCCCCAUUAUCCAGAAAUAAGCCGAGGACCCGUUCAGUGUGAUUGGAAGAUAUCAGUCAGCAAGGGCUCUUCAGUCGAUGCCCGAAUUACCAAAAUCGGUUCAACUCAAAGCUUAUGCUCUAACAAUGUCCUCACAAUCUACGAUGGCCCUGACAGCAUGGCCAAGCAAAUUCCUAUCAAUUGCUCCUCGGAUGGAGAUAUUCAAGUGAAAUCAAGUCAAAAUGUCAUGUACAUACGUUAUGUUCUUCCAGAUGUUGGAGCAGCUGAAGAUCAGCAAUUUUAUCUUCAAUACAAAACAAAUUGCCAACAGACAUUGAACUCUUUUGAAGGUGUCAUCGAAUCACCCAAUUUCCCCAAACCCUAUCCCAAUGACCUCGAAUGCGAGUGGACUAUCGAAGGUCGAAAGGCUGAUACCAUUUCUCUGACAUUCUCUCAUUUCGAGCUUGAAUCUCGAGAUCUUCAGUGUAAUUAUGAUAAAUUCGAAGUUAUCGAUAUGAAAGGUGAAGAAGUUCUGCAAAAUCAUAAAAUUUGUCGAGAUCCAGCGGGACUCUUGACAUCGGAUGGUAAUAAAUUUGUGGUUAAAUUCAUGACUGACUCGAAUAAUAACGGAAACGGCUUUCGAUUGGAGUAUAAACGUAACGGCUGUGGAGGCUACAAGACUGGUUCUACGGCAUCGAUUGAUUCACCCAACUAUCCAUAUGCUGUUGAUAUCGAUUGUGAAUGGUUUAUUGAGGCUCCACCGGGCAUGCAAAUUGUUUUGGACGUUGGGGAUGUUCAUAUCGAAGGCGGAAGCGGGGAUUGUGCAACCAACGGACUAAUCGUUAAAAACGAUAAGGCUGAUAAAGUAAACCUACUUCGAGCAUGUGGCAUCCAAAGCACCCAUUCAACUGUCACAUCACAAGGAAGCAAAAUGUACGUUAGAUUCUACUCGGAUUCCAUACGAUCAAGAAAGUAUUUUAAGGCAUAUUACAGAAGAAGACAAGGACAAUGUGGUGGAACAAUUCGUAAUUCAGAGGGUGAAAUAGCAUCCCCGAACUACCCAGAAAACUAUCCCAUUAACACGUACUGCGAAUGGAUGUUAAUGUUAGGAAGUGAUCCUGUUACCGUUAAACUUUUCUUAGAAACUACAGAACCUCAAAAUUUAGCUAAUUGUACAGACACUGGUCUUCUAAAAGUCUACGAUGGUUUGAAAAGCGAUGCAAAUAGUCAAUUGCAAGGACAGUACUGCUCUUUAAGUUUAGGAAGCAUGGCAAAUAAGUUUAUAUACGUUAAAAAUAAUAUCUUGAAUAUUAUUUUCGAAUCGGACGAUAAACCUCCUGGAAAGGGCUUUCUUUUGAAAUAUCGAAAGAGUGCCUGUGGAGGGGUCUUAAAAAGGGAAGCGGGAUUUUUUGGAGCCAAACCGGAGGACCGAAAUUGUUAUUGGAUGAUUGACUCGAAUCCAACAUAUCCUCAAACUGAUGUUUCCCCUGGAGGAACUGUCUUAACGCUGAGUUUCACUAAAGUUGAAUGCCAUUGUGAUGGACUUAGUCCAGAAGCUUGUUUAAAUCGCGGUUUAACAAUUAAUUACGGAGGGAAAAAUAACAUUCACAUCUGUGAAGAGCAUCCUCCUGACAUAAAUAUUCGCCCUACCACUGAUUCUGUUACCAUAAAUGCAACUGACAUAACAUUCACGGCUAAAUAUUUUCGAAUGGAGACUGCUUGUGGAGGUAUUUUGAAUUCGUUGCGUGGAUCCCUAGCUUCUCCAUUGUACCCCGAAUCCUAUCCUUCAAACGUUGAAUGUAUAUGGAUGCUAAACGCUCCAUCAGGAAACUAUUUAGAAUUGAGUUUCAUCGAAAUGAAUAUAACCAGUUCAGAUAAUUGCAAUGAGGAUUAUCUGGAACUUCGUGAGUCAUCAGCAACUGGAAGGUUGUUGGGAGUUUUUUGUUCCAGUGCAUUAACAAGCGACAGUCUUCAGGGUUUCGAAAGGAUUUGGAUCAAAUUCCGUAGUUCGGAAGGCAACACUGGCAAAGGAUUUAGACUGUCAUGGACAAAUGCACAAUUAAAUGAAAUAACUGGUUUCAAUGGACAAAUCAGAUCACCCUCGAUUGUGUCGAUCAAAUCAGAAAAGGAGCCUUUCCAAUGGAGGAUUACUGUUCCCCGAGACAGUGUUAUUUCUUUAGCUUUUAAGGAAUAUAAUCGUGGUUUGAAGUUGUUCGAUGGUUUUGACAGCACUGCUUUGCCAAUUGACAUACAAUUGUCACCGUGGGAAGUGACAUCGAGCACAAAUGUCAUUUAUCUGAAGAGUGACAAUCAAAUGCUCGAUCAGUUUAUCAUUGAAUGGAAAGCGAUUUCAAGAGAUGCAAUAACUAAAAAUGAAACAAUGCAAGCCUGCAAUGAAACGAUGGUUCUGGCUUACGGGUCUCUGAUAACUCUUACUUCCCCCGGGUACCCCACAGGUUAUGAAACGAACCUGGAAUGCGAAUGGCUCAUAAAAGCAGAUCAUCAAACACGACACGCUGUUGUGGACCUCUAUGAAGUUCGUCUAGAGAAGCUUGACGAAUGCUAUGCAGACCAUCUGAGAGUGUUGAGUUCAAACAAUUUAAUGAAUUGGCAUGAGGAAUUAAAAAUAUGUGACAGUCCUCCAAGAAAGCAUAUGCCUUUUUCUGUAAUCCACGGAACUCCAUAUCUAAAAUUGGAACUGACCACCGAUUCGUCAAUUAACAAAACUGGCUUCACAGCUAACGUUUAUACAGCCUGUGGGAGUAAUUUGACAAAUUCGAUUGGAAGAAUUCUCAAUACGGAUGUCAUUAGUCCAGGGAAUGAAAAAGUGACAAAUAACUGUACUUGGCACAUUGAGGUUGGGGCGGGAAGAAAAAUACAAUUUACAUUUAAUUUCCCGAGGGCAACGGGACGAAAUUCAACCGGGGAAUGUGAGAAUUACGCGUUGAUACGUGAUGGUAUGAAUGCUGAAGCCCCCAUUCUUCCUCCCGGUCGAAUUUGUUCGGAUAAGGAUAUCAACGGAACUAUCAUCACGACCUCGAAUCGUGCCACUCUUAAAUACUUCCUUAAGCCGAGCAGUUCGUUUUAUGAAUAUGAAACUCCCCUGUGGAACCUAACUUACCGGGAGUAUAGCGAGUGCAGUGGGGAGGUCCGUCUCACAUCAUAUGCGCCGUCGGAGUCUAUAAGCUCACCGAACUACCCAAACGUUCCGAAUCCUCAUACGGAAUGUGUUUGGGUGAUAAUUGCGCCACCUGGUGAGACAGUUCAAGUUGAGUUUGUACGGAACUUUGAUAUGAAUGUUCGACAGUGUUCGAAGGAAUUCGUUGAGUUUCGAGAUGGAGCAACCGAAAUGGCCCGGCAUUUAGGAAAAUACUGCACCAGACCAGGAACUAUUCGGUCUUCGGGGAAUGUUCUUUAUAUGCGCUACCUUACCGACAUCACUGAACCUCGCAAUGGGUUCAAAGCGAACGUAUCGCUCUCGACAUGUGGUGGAACGUUCACACAGUUUAACAAUUUGAUAACAUCCGCGAAUUACCCUGCACCAGGUGGAUAUCCGGCGAAUUCGGUGUGCGAAUACGUCAUCAAAGUAUCGACAUUCUCCCGGGUGAACUUGACAUUUUUGGACGUAGAUCUGCCGUUCGAUGCAGCGAACUUAAACAGCUCCGAUCAAAUAAGAAUCUAUCAGAUUGUUCAGGGUGAUUCGGAGAGGAUCGAAGAUGAGUUGGCAGUUAUUUAUGGCAAUACGACGUCACCGCCAGCAGUACAAAUCGACACAAAUGAAGUUUUGAUUCGAUUUUACAGUUUCAAGGCGAAUUCGAAGUUUCGAGGAUUCAGGGCGAAGUAUGAUCGCAUAUUUGGAGCAUGCUUCAAGGAUGUUUCUGGGGAGAGUGGCACUUUGACGCUGAGUAUUGCACCACGUCGAAUGGCAAUGUUCCUACUGUGCCGAUGGAAGAUAACUGUUCCGAAGGGAAGGCGAGUUAAGUUAGAUAUUAUUGACGUCGAUGGAGCAGGCACAGUUUUUGACCCUGUUAAAAAUUUCAGGACGACCUUUUAUAACGACUUCCAAAUGUUCUCACGCAUCACGGUGUUAGACCUGAACAACAUCACCAAAGCUACGUCAAUUCGUUCAACCGACAACAAAAUGUUUGUUCGAAUCUUUGGUGCUUACACCACGAGUCUGCGUCGGAUGAGAGUUCGAUAUUCAUCAUCUGAGGAAUCACUUUGCCCCGACGAUAUAGAAAACGACAGUGGUGCCUUAUCAGUUGCGGGCUUAGACCCUGCAGAAAAUUUCUUCUGUUCCUUCGAUUUUAAAUUAACUGGCGCCCAAACAAUGUCCUUCAAUAUUUCUAGUUUGGUUGUUGAUGACCUCAACCGGCGGCUUCCUUCUUUUGCUGUGAGAUUUAAAGAUGAGCGAUAUUUCGAAACCCUCCGUAUCUUAAACUUUAACAUGACCAAUGAAUUGUUUGCGGUUGCACCCAAACAUGGGUCCGUUAAUAUUCUCCAGAACGAUGGUGUUCGGAUCAAGAAACUCGACGCAACUUAUAAGAAACAUCCGUGUGGCGGUCAAUACACUACAAUCGGUCAAAGGUUUGAGAUAUCCCUUCCGAAUUUAACAGAAAGAUACGGUAGUCUCGACUGCGCCUGGCAACUUCUGACAACUUCCUAUCAAAAUGGCCACGAUGUGACAGCAAAUUUCAGCUUUACCCUACCCUGCGAGGAUGAAUUUGUGUCGAUUCAUGCUGGAGUUUCAAUUGAGCAUUUGGAAAUCGCCAAAUUGUGUCGGGGACAAACUUUCAAUAUGACUCGAAUGAAUUCAAAGGAAAUGUACGUGUACUAUCACACGAAAUCCUUCAAUCCCAACAGUCAAUUACAGAUUGUGUUUCAGAGGGCUACAAAUUGCGGCGGGAAACUUAGCUUGGAAUUGUCGAGUUCGACAAAUUUGAGAUUCACCUCGAUUGACUACAAAAACAAUCUGGAGUGUGCCUGGGAUGUUCAGGCAAGUGAGGGUUACUAUCUGCAAAUUCAGUUCAUCGGUCGGUUCUUCAUCGAGGAGAGCAAGAACUGCUCCAAGGAUUAUCUCGAGGUAAGGAAGUUCGAAAACAAUGAUUGGAUAUCGAUGCCGAAGUAUUGCGGCAGGAAUCUUCCAAACGCUUUCAAUACAACCGCAUCAAGGCUUCAGUUGACUUUCCGAAGUGACGCAGCUAUUACCGGUGAUGGCUUUUAUCUGACCAUCAAGAAGACUUGCUAUGCCGAGUUCAACGUCACCAACGAGCCUCAGGUGAUAAAAUACCCUUUGAGAUGGAGCAUGAUUAAAAAUCAAAUGACUUGUGACUACAUUCUGCGGACAUCAGACCCAGAUAAGCACAUUCAGGUACAUUUUAAAAAACUUGCCCUUGGAUAUCGGGAGCGUUGUUCACUGACUCAAAUAACCGCCCAGAAACGCUCAUCUGAUGGCAGUAUAGUCGAUAUGGGACCUUACUGCAAGGACAAUGCAGUGAGCGAGUUGAGGGCUAAGAAUUACAUUUCCCUGAACUAUCAAGCCAUCCUCGAGACAGGAGGCUAUGAGAUAGAAUUCUUCCUGGACAACUGUGGCGGUGAGGUGAGGAAACCCAUGUGGAUUUCAAGUCUUAAGAAUGAAGAAGGUGAUGGCUAUGACCACAACAUGAACUGUAUCUGGAAUAUCAGUGCCCCAGUGGGCCAGAAUAUUGUCAUCCAGUUCAAGUACCUGAUUAUGGAGGAGAGCAGUGAUUGUUCGCUGGAUUAUGUAUCCAUCUACAAAGGUUCUCAGAUCGAUUCGGACAAUCAAGAGGCGAAUCUCUGUGGAAAUCUGACAUUAAAUCCACCGACUUUCCACAUCGACAGCAAUUCAGCGAUUUUGGCGGCGGUUUCUGAUUCCUCGAUUUCACGGGAUGGAUUCUCGGCUCGGAUUAUGUUCAGCAAGGCUUGCGAUGAGCGGAUUACCCUCACCAACGCCAAUUCUCCGGUUGAUAUUGACAGAAAUUUGACAGUUGGAAGCGAUGAAGUGAUGGGUUGUAAUAUUCGCGCAAUGGGACCACCUGGAUUCAGGAUAGAAGUUGAAAUAAAAGAAUUAAAUCUGAUUCGCCAGAAUAGAACAUGCAUUGGAGCGUGUGAAGAUUGUGAAUACAUUGAAGUUGUGGAUAGCUUGGAGGCUGAUAGUCUACCGCUGGGAAAAUUCGCUUGUUUGGAAAACACCAAACCAAAGCUGAUUUCUUCCUACAAAGAUGUUGUUGUUCGAACGAAUUUCCAGAGGCCUGGAAUUCAUCAAUUCAAAGUGAAUCUUCGACUGGUUAAGGCGGAGUGCGGCGGCCAAAGUGAAUAUGAUUUCGAUGAUGACGGAAUGCUUGAAAUUGCACCAUUAAGAUCUCCAAACGGUUUUUACCAUCCCAACACUCAUUGCACUUGGAAAAUUACGUCCAGGGGAAAUUUCGAACUGAGGUUCUCGAAUUUCAGUCUUCAAAAUAAGUCAGAUGUAACAGGUCAAUGUUUGGAUUAUGUUCUUGUAAGAAAUUCUGAGACUUAUUCAAGAAAUGCUAUGAGUGAACAUUGUGGUACUAUUCCGUCAUAUCUUCUAAGAAUUGAACGUUCUGGUUGGGGUGAUGCUAUUGCUGAAAUAACCUUCCAUUCUGAUGAGGCAGUUGAAUCAACUGGAUUCGUGUUAUCAGUCUCAAAAACUAAGAUGUGCAAUAGAACCUAUACCCAGUCCGCUGGAGUGCUGAGUGGACCCUUUUUGACCAGAAGCGCUUGUCUCAAUGAAAUUCUUGUGCCAGAGAAUUAUUCCGUAAACAUCUACAUAUCAAGCUUCUUCUUCAGUGGUUCAAAUUGUUCAGAAAACUAUGUCCGAGUCUACGAUAAGAAAACAAAUCUUCUAAUUUAUGAAGAUUGUAAAGAAAAUUACGCCGGAAGAACAAUUUAUACAUCGGCAAAUCAAGUUCGUUUGGAUUUCAAAGCUGACAGUUCCAUCGAAAGGGAAGUGUUUUACUAUUCAAGUCCUAAUGCAUCACUUCAAGGCUGUGGUGGAAGCUUGGAAAUGCAAUCUGGAUAUUUGAUGAGUCCAAAUUAUAAGGAAUACAAGAAUUCAAGUGUUUGUCGAUGGAAUUUGACAACAACUUCACCAAAUCGAUUAGAAUUAUUCUUCCAUGAAUUCAAUAUGGGAUCGAUUUGUAAGGUUGAUUACGUGGAUAUUAUUGAAAUUGAAGCUAAUGGAACAGAGCGUGUAGCCAGGCACUACUGUGAACAAGACUCGAUUCAAAGUUAUACAUCAGAGAGUAAUCGGUUAUCUAUUGUUUCUGUGGCUGCUGGUGACUUCGAUGGCACGGGAUGGUUGAUUUAUUUCCGAACACGGUCAGAAAGCUUGAAGAAACGCAAAAAUAUUGAAUAAGAAAAUUUCUAUCUUAUAUUUUAUGUUUAUUAUUUUGUUUUGAAUGUUUUAAAUAAGACAU